AUGUCUUCUCAUCUGUGCGAAAUUCCCGAAGAUUCUGUAGCCUCCUACGAUACUGAACUGUCCACAGAUGCUUGUUUGGCCAGUGCUACUGAAGAAAUGCUGGAAGUUGCGGAGGCUCCAGCAAAGGAUGAAGACAUACUGCGACAGGCCCUGAGCCGUAUGCAGCGAGAAAAAUCCCUUCAGGAUGCUCCACUUGUUGUCAUCGGCCGGGGAACAUGCGGCACGAUCUUUGAGAUUCCUGGAACAGAGUCAGCGUACAAAAAAGGCAGCGAUAAGGUCGCACUGUGGAACGAUGCGAACCUCACCAACAUCGCCUGCCGUGCAGUCACAGUGACGAAGACUUGUCUUCAGGAAAUAUUCCCAAAUGUCUCAAUCCCUCGUGUGCCUGUAGUGACUGGUUGGAUUAGUGAGAAUGACCUGGAAAACUGGUGGCGAGAGAACUUGCGACGAUUCCCAAAGGAUACUCGAAAAGCUGGAUAUCUUUUUCAAGUGCAGCGGAUCUUACCGCUUCCCAAGCCCUGCCGUGAAGCUCUUAUCCGUCUCUAUUUCCCGAAGACAAUGCGCGAAUCGGCACACGAGGACCCGGAUAAUAAGGCAUGCCUUGUACGACCAUACCUUGGACAGCGAAGAGGAGAGAGAGAAUUAUCCAAUCCAGCACUCAGCCUUCAGAACUUUCCUCUUUAUCUCGAUCAGAUAGAGAAACUCGAGUUAGAGGUAGAGGCUAUCCAAUUUUCCGAGGAGAUGGCUAUUGGGCUAGCUACCAUCCACUGGAAGGCUUGCUUGGACGGUAUGGACAUGGAAUUCGUACUCGGUAGUGCGGCAACAAAUGGAGAACUUCCUACCGUCGUUGAGAACUUUAAGACAGUGGCGCCCUUUGGUAUCCCUACGGGUGAUUUCAAAAGACGGCAGGUACAUCUCUGGAUGCUUGACUUUGAUAAGGCUGAACAGCUUUGCCUCAAGAAGAGCUGGAAACCUUGCUGUGAUAGAAUGGUCACUGCUGUGACAGCGAAUGACCCCUAUUUCCCCAACCCAGCGGCUACAGCAACACUCGAACAAAAGUUAUGGGAUACAUUUGAGCGCGCCUAUCUUCUUGCUGCGUCUAAUCUUCUGCUUACGCAGAAGACGUUGCCAAAGGAGGCGAGUAAAUACCCGGCUCUAUUUUUGAAAGCAUGGAAGAAGAGAGCUACAGAACUGGCAGAGGACACGGAGGGUGAUUUUGUGAAGUUUGGUGAAUAG